AUGUCGCCUCAAGAGGAGAAAGGCCAUGUGGUUGAGCCUAUCCCAGAAAACAUUCCAUUACCACUUGAGGCUACCGCUUUAGGAUAUUUCUUUUCCAUCUUUUCGCGUUCAGGAACUUUCUCCUAUUUACCCGAAUAUUCUUCGUCCUUGGUAAAGGAUGACAAGAUCACACAAGCCCUAUGUGCGUCAGCAUUGGGGUCAAUGGCAUUACAACACAGAGACGACAACCUGUCGUGUAUGGCUCGACAAUACUACGCCAGAUCACUGGUCCAAACAAACAAGCUACUCAGCCAGCCCGAAACGGUUGUUCUCGAUAGUACACUGCUUUGCGUACUUCUGCUAUCAGCAUUUGAGGCCCUCUGUUUCAAUAAUGGCGGUGAUCCCGAAAACUGGAAUGCUCACAUUCGGGGAUCUUCUCAGCUUCUCUUAUUAAGAAGCAAGAGACAACUUCAAAGUCCCUUCGGGCGUUUGCUAUUCCAUCAUGCCGGGGUGAAUGUGCUGAUCGAUUCCAUCGUUCAUCAAACUUCAGUACCCCUUGAACUUAAUCGGCUUUUUGAGUAUGCCACAUCUUCUUCGUCAUUGCUUGAUUCUGUCAGCAAAGGUAUAAUGUUUCUUCUUUGGCGCAUGGCUCUGAUAUCUCCGAACAUGGAGAACAUGACAGCCAAUGAAGUACUGAAGGAGACCCUUGAGUUAUAUGACCAGUUGAUAUUUUCUGCCCUGAAGCGAGGAUCUGAAAUAGAGAGUUCCUGUCAGUAUCCUAAUACUGACUGCAUCUUCCCCGAAGCAAGAGAUUGGACGAUGGAGAAAGUCCUUCUCGAGAGCGUAGAGCUGGUCAGAGAUAUACUAGCCAGCGUUCCCUACUAUCUGGACCUACUCGAAUCGCAAAACAGCAUAGAGGCGCGGUAUCUCAUUUGGCCAUUAACAAGCAUCGUCAGUCUCGACGUAUGCCCGCCCUUGGCUAGGCACUGCAUCAAAGAUCGCCUUAUGGUACUUGGCUUCAAGUACAAUAUGAGACAAGCCAUAGAGGUGGCAAAGAUGCUUGAUCAACGAGAUCACAUACAGAAUUGGUGA